AUGGCAGCCCAGCUAAGCCCAGAUGAGAAGCUGCACCUCAUCACCAGGAACCUGCAGGAGGUGCUCGGGGAAGAUAAGCUGAAGCAGCUCCUUCAGGAGAGAGAGUUGAAGCUGUACUGGGGAACCGCCACCACUGGCAAGCCUCAUGUAGCUUACUUUGUUCCCAUGUCUAAGAUAGCGGACUUCCUCAAAGCUGGAUGUGAGGUCACCAUUUUGUUUGCGGACUUACACGCCUUCCUCGACAAUAUGAAGGCUCCUUGGGAGCUCCUGGAGCUCCGGGUGAAGUACUAUGAAGAGAUCAUCAAGGCUAUGUUGGAGAGCAUCGGCGUACCAUUGGAUAAACUCAAGUUUGUCAAAGGAACAGACUACCAGCUCAGUAGAGAGUACACUCUCGAUGUGUACCGACUAUCUUCCAUGGUGACCGAGCAUGAUGCCAAAAAGGCUGGCGCCGAGGUGGUCAAGCAGGUGGAGCAUGCUCUGCUGAGUGGUCUACUGUAUCCAGGACUGCAGGCGCUUGAUGAGGAGUACCUAAAGGUGGAUGCCCAGUUUGGAGGAGUGGACCAAAGAAAGAUCUUCACCUUUGCCGAGAAGUACCUCCCACCAUUGGGCUUUGCCAAGCGCAUCCAUCUGAUGAACCCAAUGGUACCAGGACUGACUGGUGCCAAAAUGAGCUCCUCAGAGGAAGAUUCUAAGGUGGACCUGCUAGACUCUAAGGAAGACUUGAAGAAGAAGCUAAAAAAGGUCUUCUGUGAGCCAGGAAACAUUCAGAACAAUGGGGUUCUCUCCUUUGUCAAAUUUGUGCUCUUCCCUCUUCGUGGAGUGUUCUCUAUCAAAAGAGACGCAAAGUUUGGUGGAGACAAAGUCUACGCUGCGUAUGAAGAAGUGGAGAAGGACUUUGUAGAGGAGCUCAUUCACCCUGGAGACCUGAAGGCCUCUGUGGAGGCGGCCCUCAAUGAGCUGCUGGACCCCAUCCGCAAAAAGUUUCAGUCGGAGGAACUACGCAAACUGACCAAUGCUGCUUACCCAACGACAAAGACGAAAGGAGCAGGCAAGGGUGCAAAAGCAGCAGGAGAUGAUGAAGAGUUAGUGCCAUCUAAACUGGACAUCCGGGUGGGAAAGAUUGUCAAUGUGGAGAAGCAUCCAGACGCUGACUCGCUGUACCUGGAGAAGAUUGACAUUGGGGAGGCAGAGCCCAGGACCGUGGUUAGCGGGCUGGUAGCCUACAUCUCCCAGGAGGACCUGCAAGACCGAAUGGUGCUGGUGUUGUGCAAUCUCAAACCCCAGAAGAUGCGUGGCAUCGAGUCACAAGCCAUGCUGCUCUGUGCUUCUAUUGAAGGUGAUCCCAGGAGAGUGGAGCCACUUGACCCUCCUGAGGGUUCAUCACCAGGCGACCGGGUCUUUGUGGAAGGUCACGAGGCAGGCAAACCAGACGAAAAACUUAACCCGAAGAAGAAAGUGUGGGAGAAACUACAAGUUGACCUGAAGAUCUCAGAGGAGUGCACAGCUCAGUGGAAAGACAACCUGCUGAUGACCAAACUAGGACAGAUUACGUGUAAGAGUCUCAAGGGAGGCAAUAUCAGUUAG